GAGGUGUUCGAGCGGAUGGCGCACUAUGGCAUCGCGUCCAACCUGGUGCUGUACCUGACGAGGGAGCUGCACGAGGGCACGGUGCGCUCCGCCAACAACGUCACCAACUGGGCCGGCACCAGCCUCAUCACGCCCGUCCUCGGCGCCUACAUCGCCGACGCCCACCUCGGACGCUACCGCACCUUCAUGGCCGCCUCCGCCAUCUACCUUCUCGGAAUGUGCCUGCUGACCAUGGCCGUGUCGCUGCCGUCGCUGAAGCCGCCGGCGUGCGGCACCGGCACGGCGGACCCGAGCUGCGAGCGCAAGGCGUCGAGCCUGCAGCUGGGCGUGUUCUUUCUGGCCCUGUACACCCUCGCCGUCGGCACAGGCGGCACCAAGCCCAACAUCUCCACCAUCGGCGCCGACCAGUUCGACAAGCACGAGCCGCGGGAGCGCCGGCAGAAGCUCUCCUUCUUCAACUGGUGGAUGUUCAGCAUCUUCCUAGGCACGCUCUUCGCCAACACCGUCCUCGUCUACAUCCAGGACAAGAUCGGCUGGACCGUCGGCUACGCGCUCCCCACCAUCGGCCUCGCCGUCUCCAUCGCCGUGUUCACCGCCGGAACGCCCCUGUACCGCCACAAGCCGACCUCACCCGAGCUGCCACCCGAGAGCUCCCUCGCCAAGAUGGCCGGGGUCAUCGUCGCCGCCGUCCGCAAGUGCCGCGUCCCGGCGCCCGCGGACCCGCGCGACCUGCACGAGCUCGACCCCGAGCACUACGACAGGAAAAAGACGUCCUCGCUGCCCCACACGCCGAAUUUCAGUGUGCUGAGCAAAGCGGCGGUGAGGACCGGGACCGGGAGCACGUCGCGGUGGUCGCUGAGCACGGUGACGCAGGUGAAGGAGACGAAGCAGAUGCUCAAGAUGCUUCCCGUGCUGUUCAUCACGUUCGUGCCGAGCGCGAUGCUGGCCCAGAUCAACACGCUGUUCGUGAAGCAGGGCACGACGCUGGAGCGGCGCGUCGGCGGCUUCGACAUCCCGCCGGCGAGCCUGCAGGGGUUCGUGACCGUCUCCAUGCUCGUCUCCGUCGUGCUCUACGACCGCCUCUUCGUGCCCUGCACGCGGCGCCUGACAAAGAACCCGCGGGGCAUCUCGCUGCUCCAGCGGAUGGGCGUCGGGCUCGUCCUCCACAUCGCGAUCAUGGUGGUCGCGUCGGCGACUGAGCGGCGCCGCCUGGCCGUGGCGCGCGAGAACGGCGUGCUCGACAGCAGGGGCACGAUGGUCCCGCUCUCCAUCUUCGUGCUGCUCCCGCAGUUCGUGUUCAUGGGCGUCGCCGACGCCUUCCUGGAGGUGGCCAAGAUCGAGUUCUUCUACGACCAGGCGCCCGAGGGGAUGAAGAGCCUCGGCACGUCCUACGCCAUGAUCAGCCUCGGCGUCGGCAACUUCCUCAGCAGCUUCCUGCUGUCGACGGUGUCGCGCGUCACGCGGCGGCGCGGAGGAGGACAUGGAGGCUGGAUCCAGAACAACCUCAACGCCUCGCGGCUGGACCUCUACUACGCCUUCUUCGCCGUGCUCAACUGCGCCAACCUCCUCGUCUUCUUCGCCGUGUGCCGGAUGUACGUGUAUAACGCGGACAUCGCUGACGGUGGCAAGGAGAAGCAGGGGAGGCCAGGAAUGGUGAAGGAGCCAACCGUACCAGCUACAGAGUAGUAUCUCCUGGGAAUUAGCACAUACCCA